AUGUCGGUCGCUUGUACAUCCUUUGGACGCAGCGCUCUAGCGCUUCGUAAUUCUGGCUUAAUGGUGACGGUACGAUAUGCCCAAACCGCAGCUGCUCCUGCAGCAGAGCCAAGGUUGAAGAAGUUUCAGAUUUAUCGGUGGGACCCUGACACACCCGGUGACAAGCCUCGCAUGCAGACCUAUGAGAUUGAUCUCAAUACGUGUGGCCCUAUGGUGCUGGAUGCACUCAUUAAAAUCAAAAAUGAAAUGGACCCAACUCUCACCUUCAGACGUUCAUGCAGAGAGGGGAUCUGUGGCUCGUGUGCCAUGAACAUCAAUGGGGGUAACACCUUAGCCUGCUUGAAUAAAAUUGAUACAAAUACCAGCAAGGUUACCAAGAUUUACCCUCUGCCACACAUGUAUGUUGUCAAAGACCUUGUCCCUGACAUGAGUAACUUCUAUGCACAAUACAAGUCCAUUGAGCCUUACCUAAAGAAAAAGGAUGAAACGCAGCAAGGAAAAGAGCAGUACCUCCAGACAAUCGAAGACAGACAAAAACUGGAUGGCCUAUAUGAGUGCAUCCUUUGUGCCUGCUGCAGCACCAGUUGUCCCAGUUACUGGUGGAAUGGUGAUAAGUACCUUGGCCCAGCUGUGCUCAUGCAGGCAUAUCGGUGGAUGAUUGACUCCAGGGAUGAGUUCACAGAGGAGAGACUCUCUAAGUUACAAGACCCUUUUUCCCUCUACCGCUGUCACACCAUUAUGAACUGCACAAAGACCUGCCCUAAGGGACUCAAUCCUGGGAAGGCUAUUGCAGAGAUUAAGAAGAUGAUGGCAACCUACAAAGAGAAGAGAUCAUCUGCAUCGUAACACACAGUGUUACUGAAUAAUUCUCUGUUUUUUAAUUCCAUCUAAA